AUGUUGGUUGGGAAGAGAAGGUAAUUUGAAGAUGAAUCAAUUGAAGUAACUUUAAUUAUUAUUAAUUUAGAUUAAAAAUCCUACAUAUGCUUUAAGAAGACGUAUUACAUAAGAUAAAAAUUUAGAAACAUUAUGUUAAGCACGCAAAAGACUUACAUUGUAUAUUAUUUAAUAGAAAAUAUUUAGAUAAAAUUUGGCUAUUAUUUAAGAGAAAUACCCUUAGAUUCAAUAAUCAGAUAUUUUACGAUUAUUAGAAGAUUUUGAUAAUAAUAUUGAAAUGGUCUGUGAAAUACUUUGUUAAAAGACAGACGUUCCAUAGAAAUUAGAGAUUUUUGAUACAGAUGUAUGGUUUAAAUAUCUAUGAUAGUUUGACAAUUAUAAAAAUAAUUUAAAAGAGGAAAUGUUAAAAAGACUUUAAUAAUCAUAAAACAAUCAGUUGGCUUAACAAGUGAUUUAAUUAUUUUUUGAUGUUUUUGAACAAAAAUUAGGAGAGAAAUAUUAAUAGAAUGUAUUGAUUUUGAUUAUAAAUAUAGAUUUAAAGAUUGGAUAGUGAAAAUAUAUUAUUGAAAUAAGCAUUCCUUAAAUAACAUAAAAGAUUAGAGAAAAUAAGAGUAGAAGGAGAAAAUAAGGAAAAAUAAAAUUAAAAUGUAAUUAAAUAACUUGAUGAAGAAAAUAAACAAUAAUAAUAAAUUAAUAAUAAUCUCACAAUACUAUUAAUAUAAGCUUAAUAAAAUAACACUGUUAACUAUUUGUAAUAUUAAUAAUGA